AUAUAUAAUUGGAGGUAAUAUACAGAAGGAUCCUCUUCCACCAUCUGGCCAGCUCCCUCUGUUGCGGCAGCAGCCGGAACGCGAUCGUCUCACUGCUAAACAUCUCACUAUUACGAACAGUGGCCCCAAUCCAAUCAACCGCCUAUACCUUAUUUUAAUGCCUGUAGCCUAAAACCAAGACCAUCUUUAUUCUUUGUUCUCUCUUAUCGAUUGGACAUUUCCUCUCUCUCUCAGUCAUUCAAUCAAACACUUGCCGAGUCGCGCCCCUUCGUUUGCAAGAUAAACUCUCUUUACAAUGUUUCGAAGGUCGAUCUUGGAAUUAUCGUCUCGUCAAACAGUGAGGAGGAUCCCGAGGCGGGUUACAUCGCAGCCUGUACCGUCAUUUCUUUCUUCAAGGAAGGAAUUUUCAACGUCAUUCCAGAAAAAUGCACCCCCAAAAGCUGAUUCCAGUGGUAAACCACCUGAAUCAAAGAGCAGUUUACCAAAAGUUCUCCUGGGAACCGCCAUUGUUUCUGGUGCUGCUCUGUUAGCAUACCAAUCAGGUUAUUUAGACCAAUUUAUUGCUAAAGAGCAGCAAAGCUCCGCUAAGGUUGGCAAUGAUGAUAAAGAGGUAAAGGAAACCCAACAUUUCGGAGAGCACGUGACUGUUACCAUUAGUGAAGAACCUGGCAAGUUGAGUCACGGUUUGGAGCAGACUGGAGAAAAGGUUGAAAAUCAGAUAGAUCUUCCUCAAGUUGAAGCUCAGCAGAAGGCUGAAACUCGCAUAGAUCUUCCUCAUGUUGAAACUAAGCACAAGGAUGGAACUCACAGAGAUCUUUCUCAGGUUCAAGCUGAGGGGAGGAUUGAAUCACAGACAGACAUUCAUCAUCAUGAAGCCUUGAAGGAAACACCAGGUAUAAACCAGUCUUACAUUCAAGAAAAAUCUGAUGUGGUAGUAACAGAAGAUGAAUCAAUUGCUGUUAAGGAGAAACAAGUGCCAGAAUUUUCUCAAAGUAUAAAUACUGAACAUAGUCUUGACAAGGUCAAGGAAAAAUCCGAAUCAAAUACUACUAGUGAAACGAGUGAGGGAGUUCAAGUUACACAAGAACAAACUCGGGUCAAGUUGGUUCCUGAAGAGGGUGAAACAAAAACAGUGCCGCAGCAUCUCGCUACAGAAGACAGAUCAGAGGCUGCAGUGGGUAAAGGUACGGAAGCAGCAAGUUUACUUGAUGCAUACAAUCUCAAGGAUAGGGCUGAAGAAAGCAUUGCAAUGGAGGGGCCAGAAGAAGAGGCUCUUGUUAGUGCCGUAGAGGAAUUGAAUGAUAGCUAUAUAACAAAAGAUGGAAAGAUGGUUAUGAGUUUUCUUGAAGCAAUUCAUGCAGCUGAAAAGAGGCAAGCUGAGUUAGAUGCCCAUGCCUUUGCUGAGGAGAAAAAAGCAUUGAAGGAGAAGUACGAAAAGGAAUUGAGAGAUUUAAGAGCUAGGGAACUUAUGCGUGCUGAAGAGGCAGCAAUACUUGAUAAGGAAAUAAAAAGAGAGAGAGCAAAAGCAGCAGCUGCCAUCAGAACACUUCAGGAAAAGAUGGAAGAAAAACUCAAGAUGGAACUUGAACAGAAGAAAAAUGAAGCGGAAAUGAAUCUGAAAAAGUUUCAGGACCUGGCAAAAGCAGAAUUAGCUGCAGCAAUCGCGAGUGAGAAGGCAGCACAGAUUGAAAAAAUGGCUGAAGCAAAUCUCAAUAUUAAUGCUUUGUGUAUGGCAUUCUAUGCACGAUCUGAAGAGGCUCGUCAAAUUCAUUCUGUUCACAAGCUUGCUUUGGGAGCACUUGCAUUAGAAGAUGCACUUUCCAAAGGACUUCCAAUUCAGCAAGAGCUAGAUUCUCUGAAUGCCUAUCUAGAAGGCAUCAAUAAAGACUCUCUUGUACAUUUGGUUUUAUCAACCCUCCCCGAAGAAACUCGAUAUCAUGGUACUGAUACUUUGUUACAAUUGAAUCAGAAGUUCAAUGCCUUGAAAGGGACGCUACGGCACUACAUUCUGAUCCCACCUGGUGGUGGUGGCAUAUUGGCACAUGCUAUGGCACGCAUUGCAUCCUGGUUGAGGUUUAAGGAAGUUGAUCCAUCUGGUGAUGGGAUUGAAUCUGUUAUUAGUAGAGUUGAGAGUUUCCUAGCUGAGGGAAAGCUUGCUGAAGCAGCUGAGGCUCUUCAAGAAGGACUCAGAGGCAGCGUGGCAGAGGAGAUAGCGGGUGAUUGGGUGAAGCGAGCAAGGAAUAGAGCUAUCACAGAGCAAGCUCUAACAGUACUUCAAUCAUAUGCUGCUUGCAUCAGCCUUACCCAAUAAUGCAUCAUUAUAAAGUAGCAGUCUAUCAUAAUUUAUCAUCUGAUAUGGCACAGUUUAUGCAUGCAGUAGUUUGGUUUUUUCCCUGAUCAUUACCUACACAGAAAGAAUGAGGAGUUUAGUAUUGACCACCUCAAAUUUACAAGAGUUUCGUAAUCGUUAUGACACCAAAAUUGUGUAGAUUGUCUCCACCUCUUUGAAUAAAAUUUUGUUUUUCUUUGCA